GGCUGGAUUUUAUGGUUAGUGCUGUGUUUAAGCAUCAGGUUGCAGCAGCAUGGUGCUAAACCAGGUUCCUUUAACUGGGGAAAAGGAAUGCAUGCAUAGGUUUCAUGCACACAAUUGAUUUCAUCGCAUGGGCAUGGCUUGCCUGACAGUCCCUUAAGGACCAUUAUUCUUUCAUUCUUCUGUGAGAUGGGUGUGUUCCCUCUAUGGCUCUGAAAGGCAUUCUAGUAAAAAGAUAAAUUUCCUCCUUGCGAUCCUUGGGCUUUGGGUGUUCCUUAUUCUGGGAAGGGAUUUAAAGCUGUCUGCCAGACCCGUGGGCUGUUACAACAAGACAGUGCCACAAUGCUGAGCUCAGGCCUGCGAAUUCCCCUCCUCCCCCUUCUUCUCCUGUUGCUCACACUGAUGAAGCUGAGCUGGUCCCUUACAGAUGAGGACAAGAAGCUGAUCGUGGACCUGCACAAUCACUACCGUUCUAAGGUCAUUCCUCCAGCUGCAAACAUGCUGAAACUGAGCUGGGAUCCAGAACUGGAAGCUUUUGCCAAAGGCUAUGCAGCAAAGUGUAUCUGGGAACACAACAAGGAGCGUGGCUGGCGUGGUGAGAACCUCUUUGCCAUGUAUGGAGACUUGAAUGUGACGACGGCAGUGGAACAGUGGUACGACGAGUACAAAUAUUAUAAUAUGACCACAUUAACAUGUAAAGAGGGAGAGAUGUGUGGUCACUACACGCAGGUGGUCUGGGCAACUACUGAGCAUGUUGGCUGCGGGAUGCAGUUCUGUAAAACCCUGCAAUUUCUGAACGAUACAGACAUGUAUUUGCUAGUCUGCAACUAUGUGCCCCCGGGGAAUGUAAAAGGAAAUAAACCAUACAAAGAAGGAGCUUCAUGUUCCAUGUGCCCAGAUGGCUAUUCCUGUAAGAAAUCUCUCUGUGAAUCCAGUGUUGAUGCACAGACAACGACUGAGUCCACUACUGAUGAUGCAGAAAUAGACACAGCAUCUCCUGACCCAACAAGAGUAGAACCAGCUUCUGACCUGACUGCAAGCCCUACUCUGCAACUCACCAAAACACCUUCAGCAACAAGAUUACCAGAGACUGUCAAAACCAGCACAGAAGAACCAUCUCAGGACUCUACAGCCAAAGGGCCAACCUCUUACCUAGCACCAACUUCAGACCUGGACCUUAGCACUUCUCCAAACUUGCAGGCGGAAGCGGUGGUGACGACUGCCUCCUUGGUGAUAACAACUAGUGGCUUAUCUUCAUCCAAAGCUCCCACAGACAAUUUGGAGCAGCCCCCAACUACCGUGAUGCCACCGCCUCUCACCACAAAGCCACGCUCCAGGCCUAAAACACCCUCCACCAUUCAGCCAAUCCCCAGGCUUCCUUCCACCUCCAGGCAUCCCUUUCACAGGAAUUUCACCUUCCCUAAGAAGCCUUCUCUUUCCAGAAAAAUUCCAUCCCACCGUUUGUCAGCUUAUGCCAAAGCAAUAAAGGGGACAAACAAUGCCAUUCAGUCCUCUGCAGGUAAGGCAGCUUCAAUGUCUGUUUGCCUCCCCUGCCUUGGAUGUAAACGCAUUAGCCACGCCGAUGAAAUAAAGGCUGCGCUGAAAGAGCUGACCUUCAGGUACCCCUACGCUCCUUGCUUUUCUCCGCUCCCUCGCUGGCAGAGGCACAGCAAGUGCAGCUCGUGCGGGCACACCUGGGGCAACGCACUCAGGAAGGCCAGGCCUUAUUGGCUCAACAGUUUAUAG